GGGGGGGGAAAUAUUAUGUUGGCUUUAUUUUCGGUUGUGUGCUGCACAGGGUGAAGAAUUGCAUUGUGUUUAAAUGUCACACAUUAUAACUUUUAAAACUAUUCGACAGCGAAACAGACACAUUUAUUAUUAUUAUUAUUAUUAUUGUGCUUGAAGCCCAGAGGACCAGAGGACCAGAGGGGAUCAACUCAGAAGAAGAAACUCUCAAACAGCCUGAGUCCGGGAAGAGGCUCAGACAUGUCGGGUCACAGCCGAGAAAACGGCCCCGGAUCCGGCCCCAAACAGCCACAACCCACGGUAACAGCGGAAUAUUGCGCCCAGCUGCAGCAGUGGAUGUGGGGCUACUACUGGAGCUACACGGGCUGGCAGAGCUGGCUCUCCCUGUCCGCCCUCUCCUUCCCACCGCCGCCGGGGACCAGCGCCCGGACACCGGCUGCAGUUGCCGCCUCCACUCCCGGUGGUGGUGUACCGUGGCUCAGCUGGAACCCUUAUCCCCCGGGCCUCCCCCCGGCCCCGGCUUCCUCCCCUCAUCCCGGGGGUCCUGAUCCCCGGACAGCCCAGGAGCACGACCCCCCUCAGGCAGGACGGGAGUACACCAUCCCCUCUCCUCUGCAGAGGUUCCUGGCAGAGACGGUGGACUUCUUCAUCCUGUUCUGUGUGAAGGCCACCAUCGUGCUGUGGAUCAUGCACCUGAGUGGGAUGAAGGACAUCGCCAAACUAAUCACCCAGUUCAUCGUGGAGGAGAUCGACGAGAACACGUCCAUGGAGGACCUGCAGAAGAUGAUGGCCGUGGCUCUGGUCUACAGGGUGUUAGUGUGCGUCUACGAGACGAUCUGUAUUUGGGGAGCCGGUGGAGCCACUCCAGGGAAGUUUCUGCUCGGCUUGCGGGUGGUGACGUGCGACACAUCCACUCUGGUGCGACCCAACCGAGUCUUUGUAGCCCCGGCCUCUAACGUCUCGCUCUCUGCCUCUACGGUGCGGGCGUUGAACAAGAACUUCUCCAUCGCCUUCCUCUUUCCGGUCUUCAUCACCCUCCUCUUCUUCCAGCACAACAGGACUGUGUACGACAUCGUGGCUGGCACCAUAGUCGUCCAGAGAAGAGGGGGCAGAUAGCCUCUCCUUCAGCAGCAGACUCUAUUGGGGUAAUGAGAAAGUGCGACAGGCCCUCGUGUGCUGAGCAUCCUGGGAGUUAAAUCAAUCGGUCACCAACAGCAACAGCUGGAGCAAAGAGCGACACGUUGGCCCAUUUCUGCAAGAGAUCAAGCUUGGACAUGAAUUGCACUUAAAGUGGGGGGUCAUGUUGUUGAGAUUAAAAAGGAAAUCCAUACUUACUACUUUUGUUGUAAGGUAUUGAUUUAGCUACGAGGAAACUAAAGUAUUGUAACUUAUGUUAGUGGAAGUGUAGAAGAGGAUAUUGUCCGAUGUUUCCAGGAACCUGGGACUCCUCCUCAUAUCAUUUGAACUAGUUUGUGUUAUUUUAUUUUAUCUUAUUUUUCCAAAAUAGCUCAUAUGUGUAUGAUUUGAAAACUUUAGUGACACCUAGUGGCUGGACCAAAACAGACUCCCAAGAUGCCUGUUAAUUUUCAUAAUGAUAAUUUUAUUUUUCUACAGAGAGAAACUAAUAAUAAUCAGAAUAAUUUAACAUUUGCUGCACAUUGUAGUUCUACAUACAGGGACUCUCAAAAUAGAUUAAACAGUAGGUUACACAUCUCUUUAAACAUUAAAUUAGGCAAUAUAACUCUAAAGUGACAUUUUUAAACAUCUGCAGAUGAAUGAACUUCAUGCACGGAGCUGUUUGGUUUUCUUAUGAUUUCAAUUUUUGUGAAUGUGACUAUAUUAUUGUUUUUAUAAACGCAUACUGAAGAUGAACCCAGGCUUAGUCACAGAGACUCAGGUCCACAAGCCGAACCGCUGUUUGUCUCGGCUGCAUUGUUGAAAUAAUGAUUGUCCCCGAGGAUGUUAUUGCAUUGGUCUGGUAUUGUCCUCAUACCAUCACACAAACUGAUGCAGGUGUUGAUAUAUAAUUAAUAUCUUCAAUAUUAAAAAUGUAUUUGAACAGGAUCAUAGUGCAGUCAAUCAACCAAUCAAUCAAUCAAUACUGUAUGACUCUACAUAGCCCACCUAUAUAAACUGCUAAUUUGAGAAACAGUAAAUAUAAUUGUAAGAGGAUUUUCAGAAUAAAUUAAGAAAAAACAAUUUUCUUUGUGUCAUGCCUGAUGUGGGUGAUUCAGCAACUGUACUGUUAAAACCCAGAAUUAAAUAUUAAGGAUUUAUUGGAUUUUGUUUCUGUGUAAACUCCCCUGAGUCAUAUUUUGCUUUUCUCAUGAUAAUUUCAUACAGAGGUCUCAUCUCUCAACUUUUCCCUCCACUUGCUACAACACUUGCUGCCACAUGGGGGCGACAAUAGACCGCACAGAUUAACUUGUGGCCUAAAUGUAGUGGGAGGUUAGAUUUAACUGUUGUUACUGGAUGUUGACAUUUUUAGAAAGAUAUUUUUGCACACAAUCUUUAAGGAAUGGUAAAAAGCAUGUGACCAGAUUUUUUUUUAUACAUAUAAUUAAAGUAAGGAAAGAACACAAGCUGUUUUCGUGUCCUUGCACAUGAUCCCAGAUCCUGUAUUUUACUGUCCCGUCAGACGUACCCUGCCCAGCUAAUGAUUUGAACACACGCACACUUUCGUGACUGACUUCCCUUUUAAUCCUCAGACAAUAUUGUCUUUGCUCUGUGGUAUCUGAGGCCUCCUUUUUUUCUGUCUGCUGACGUCUGCGAACUCACGACUGGAGCAGAGAUAUCAGUGUGUGAGGAAUCAUGAGGCCACAGGUCACACAAGGCAAUGUUUUACUUGGAGAUAAAAACAAAUGCUGCAGCUGUUGACAAAGCCAAUAACUGGUGUGAACAUAAUGUGUCUUUCACGCAGGGUUGCAGGAGUUUUAUUCUCUCUGUCAGGUGCAGAUAUAUUGAGUAUUUUAUGAUCAUGUGUGCAUGACCCAGUAUUGAGUAGUGAUAUCAAAGAAAAUGCAAUACUUUAUUUCAAUAUACUU